GUGCGAGAGCAGCGGGGCUGGAAGUACUUCCUCCUCCACCGCCUCCGGACGCCGCUCGCCUUUGGCGCGGGCAUCGGUGUCGGGGCGCUGGCCACGCUCGCUCUCGUGACGGCCCAGCAGCGCUGGCUCCAAGCGGAGCGGUCGACCGCGCCUGCGGCCGACGGCCAGGGCUUCUACCCGGCCGUGGCCGCGCCCAGCAGCGUCCCCGACGAGUACCUCAUGUCGGUGCCGCUCAACAAUUCCUGUCUUAUCCCCCAUCUGGAGCCAGUGAACGCUGGGCCGCAGACCUUCGACGCGUGCGGCUUCGUCAUCCGGAGCACGGACGAGGUCUGGAACCUCCGCGGUGACGUCGACGCGGCCAUCGAGAAGUACUUCCACGAGGGCUACUACAACGCUGGCUCCUGGGGCAGGCGCGGCAUUGGCAAGAAGGAGCUGCGUGACGCCGUCCUGUCGGAGAUGCGGGCGUUCCCAGACAUCCAGCCCGCCCCUUUCACUUGUCCCCUCGGCGCGCCGCCGAAUAUCACGGACUGCGUCUGCAAGGGCAACGACCUGGACGGCUACAAGUGCGCGAUGCCGGACGUGCUCACUGGAACCAACCUGGGCCCGUCCGCUUACGGUCCGCCGACUGGCCGCUUCGCGAGGUGGACGGGCAUGGUGGAGUCGCUGGUGCAGCGCGACCCCGCCAGCGGGCAGUGGCAGUACGUCGCCGAGUGGGGCGUGCACGAUGAGUGGGCCCUCAUACAGCAGCUCGGCCUGGACUUCGGCAGGGUGCCGCACCCAGCCACGAACGCAGAGCCGCUGCACGACUGCACGCCCCUAGUGGUCUUCGAGCCCGAGGCGGCGCGGAUGAACAGGUUCGACAAAUCCAUCCAGGACCGGCGGGUCGCAGAGCAGCAGUAG